CUUUCUAGCUUUCAAGUCCGCAUCGGGGGCCUUGCCUUUCCACUUUCAACGUUGCCAGUCUCCGACACCUCGUCACCGCCAAACACCAACCUUCAACUCCCCAGAGCAGAGCAACUUCACCUGUCAGAGGUACCCAUACCAGACAUUCAAAAGACGGUCACUGGAUAUCUUUCCAAGACCACACGGACCACCCCGACGUCACUGAUACUCUGGGAGAGCUGAAGCUAGCCAGCCGUUGCGCUGUCCCGUUACCCACCUGUCUAAAUUUUUCUCAGGCUCCUUCUCGCUCCAAGUAACACCAUCAGCACCACCACCUGUGUGGCAGCUAUUUCCAUCGCGUCUCCCCUCUCCCACCGACUCGCCAUCAACCACCAUCAUGUCUCGCAACGGCACUACCCUUUACGUGACCGGUUUCAGCCACGGAACUCGCGCGCGCGACCUCGCGUACGAAUUCGAGCGAUAUGGCCGUCUUGUCCGUUGUGACAUUCCGGCUCCUCGCUCUGCCUCCAGCAGACUCUUCGCUUUCGUCGAGUACGAGGACCGCCGUGACGCGGACGACGCGUAUCAUGAUAUGCACAACAAGCGCAUUGGCCGUGAUGACAUCUUGAAGAUUGAGUGGGCUCGCACUCCCCCCUCUGCUUCGUGGAGAUUCGACCGCAACGAGCGUGAUGGCCGCCCUCGCCGUUCUUCUCCCCGCCGCCGCUCUCCCAGUCCUAGACGCAGCACCCGUGACUACUCUCCCAGAAAGGAUGACCGCCGGGAGCGUGAUCGCGAUAGAGACUACGACCGCGACCGCCGUGACACCCGUGAUCGUUCUCGCAGCCCUGAUCGUGAGCGGGAUCGUGAUGUCAAGGAAGACCGCGACCGUGAAGACCGUGACCGCCGCGAGAAUGGCACUAACGGUGAUGACAGAAAAGCCCUGGACAGCCCUGAACGUGCCGCCCACGACGAUCUCGAUAUUGCCGAGUAAAGGCGUCGAUUCUAGAUUGCAGUUGAUGUGACGGUCACUAUCUUUCUUACCACCCUUUAGGGUUCUGGCAGUAAGACUGUUAAUUUGCAUCGCUUUCUUUUUCUUUGCCAUUUUCGGUGGACAACUGAUGCCAAGCACGUCAAAGUGCUUGCCUUGACAAAACGGCGUUUCUUUUAGUUUUCGAGUCGGGGACAGAGGCCGGAAGUCCAUCAUAUAAUAAACAAACUCCCAGUCAGGGAAGCGAACGGAUACGGUAUUCUAAGAACGAUCCGGUAGACGUCUGCCUUGCCAUGUCUUUUUUGUUUUCUGUCUCAAUGUGUUUCAGGAGGGGGCUUGAGGAAAAGUAAAUAGAUAGUAGUAGUAGCGGUAGCAAUAAUAGGACAAUUGCUUGGUUCAGAAUACCUCGUCUA